AAAGAGGCACAAAUAAAGCGGUGCCCAGGGAAAGAAAGAGAGGGCAGGAAUAAUGGGAAGUAGAGAGAUGGCUUCGCAGCUAGGGUUGCCGCCUGGUUUCCGAUUCCAUCCGACCGACGAGGAGCUCCUCGUCCACUACCUGUGCCGGAAAGUCUCCCAUGAGCCCUUCUCUCUCCCCAUCAUCGGUGAGAUCGACCUCUACAAGUUUGAUCCGUGGGUCCUUCCCGGCAAGGCAUUGUUCGGGGAGAAGGAAUGGUACUUCUUCAGCCCCAGGGACCGCAAGUACCCCAACGGGUCGAGGCCAAACCGGGUGGCCGGCUCCGGGUACUGGAAAGCGACCGGGACGGACAAAGUCAUCUCGGUGGGCGGGCGGAGGUUGGGGAUAAAGAAGGCGCUCGUCUUCUAUGUGGGGAGGGCCCCCAAGGGAUCCAAGACCAACUGGAUCAUGCACGAGUACCGGCUCUGCGAUGCUGCCCCUUCCGAUUCCACGAAGGGGCAACCCACAGCAUCUGCCACCAUGCCCAGGCCUCGCCGGCUAGACCAAUGGGUCUUGUGCCGUAUAUACAAGAAAUCUUAUGGCGUCCAGCAUCAGAAGACUUCGGCGCUAAACUCUAGAGGCCAAACUACUCACGUCGCCGCAGCUCCCUUAACGCAUGCUGGGCUCCACUGUUACCAAUCGAAGCUCGACCAGCUCAUCGCCAAACCCAUCAUGGAUUCCUACCGGUCCCAUUGUCUACAAGACUCCACGGCCGUCCCACCUCUCUGCCGCGUGAAAUCCCCGUCGAAAGUGCUUGGAGGCUCCUGCGUUGACGAAGCCUUCCUUCUGCCAGCGUCGGCCCCAGCUGCCGCCACAGCCACCGCCUCCGCCGCUUCAAGGAAAUCUAAGCCAGGGAGGUAUCGUGGUGACGGAGCCGGCGAUCCGUCAACGCCAUCACCAACAAGAUGACAGCGCCCUGCUCUCCCGCUUGAUCGAAUCCAUGGCUGGAGGGGACCUCGAUGGCAGCUUCGGACUUUGUUGGCAAUAAAAGCACCAAGAUUUGUUCAAGAUAAGAACGACGCUGCUAGAAAUAUUGGAAAGAUGGUUUCGGGCUGUAACUAUUGUAUCGGUCAUUUUAUUCUUUUUCCCAGAAACUAUGAGGAGGACAAAGAAAGGGUAGGGCCAACAAAGUUUGGAAGACAACUCGCGUCUCGCCAUUGGAUUUAAUUUUCCGUUUUGAUUUUUUUUUUAAAUAAAGACUGAAAAGAAAUGGUUUGGUUAUAAAGGGGCGGUGGCUGCCGUCGACCGCUUUUACUCUCGAAAA